AUGCACACGACACUCCGAUCGGCGCCGCCACGACGUCUUCAUGGAAGUUCUCCGGAAGACGCCGCCGCCGCUGGCGACGUCCCACAUCUGGUACUGUCCAACUUGACCGAAAUCUACGGAGUUUCGGCUCCAUACGCACCAGAAUGUCUGGUUUUCUGAAAAAAAGGGCGAGUACCAAAUUUGACCUAUAGAGGUCACUAAAAAAACCCCUUUCUGGGCCACUAUUCAAUCCUCUGUUGGAGCCACUAACUAAACCCCUAUAGGGGCCACUUUUGCAAUAUUUAGUGUCUUUCUGAGUCAGUUUUUAACAAAUUUUUCAACCCUAAAGAAAAAAGGCACUGCUUUUACACGGCGUUCCUAAUGGGGGUGAGGGAAGGUGAGCGGGCGUCAAAGUUUCUGAAUUUACAGAAAAAUUUUAGUGCGCGCUACGGAUAAAAUGACGUCACGUGACGUCACAAUCACACUGAAUAUUCAACGUUAAUAACUUGUUUGUUCGAUCGCCUUCGGCUGAAGUACUGUAGAUUUCAAAUUUCGCGCCAAAAUUUUUUUGACGUCUUGCCACCCCGUUUGGGAACGCCGUGUUUAAGCAAAUUCACAGGGCUCUCGGAUCUUACCCCACACCUUCAGAACCACCGCAGUGCCAGCGUCGCCUCCCCCUACUCGAAUCGUCGGCAGCCGGUCACCUCCACAGCGACCGCCGUGCUCUCGACUUCCAUCAACGGACCGAGUCAUCGGAAGUCGACGUCGUGCACUCGCGCCAAGAAGAAGUCGGCGGAAGAGACGACGACGACGACCCGACAGCCGUCGGCCUUUGUCGCCAUCUCCAGACGCGCCAGCUCUCCCAUUGAACGCUUCCGAAGAUUUAUUUCACGGUAGGAGGGGAGCUGGAGUUCAGAAAGUCUCUUAAGAGUUUCUCAGCGAACUGAGAAUUUUUCAAAAUCUUCUCGCAAGUUGACACCGGGCUAAAAAUUCAAUUUUUACACUUUUCGUUAACAAUGCUAAUUUUUUAAAUCUAAAAAUCAUUUUCUUGAGUUUUUUUCCCGUUUCAUUUCGAAGACACCUAUCCAUACACUGAUCUUUAAAUUUGUAAGAUGUCAAAAAAACCCCCUGAAAAGCUUCUCUGAACUUCUUGAACAAAAAAUGAAUUUUUGCAGUCGAAAAAAAUGUAAUAUUUAGGCUUUUGUGUUUGUUUGGGAAACUUGAAGGUUACUUUUCCCACAAAAAGUUCCAUGAUUUUUGAUUUUCAAGUUCAACAUGAUAAUGAUCAAUAUUCACGAUUUCUAGAAGAUCUUCAAUUAAACAGUGGAGACAUAGAAAAUCUCCACUAAAACCAGUAAGUCGGAAUUUUUCAUCAAGUCCUUUUUCAGCUCUCAACACACGUCAAAAAUCGAGAUUCCACCGGUUCCAGUCAAGUACGACGUCGUCGUUCAAACUGAUGUUCAUGAGGUUCUCAAGUUCAUCUUCUUCGUUUCGAUGAAAACUUUUAAGCUCGCCCCAACUGCCUUGUACGAGCUGCAGAAGGAGCUGGAGAAGGUGACGCUGGAACUGGAAAGGGUAAGAGAAAAUAUCAGAAAUUGUGGAUUUUAAUCGAUUUCUGAAGUGGUUCAUUUUAUAUGAGAAUAGCUCACGUCGUCUUGACAAAGAGUGAACUAUCUUAAAUUUGCACAGGAGAUUGAACCGGGGACUUAGUCUUUAUAGUCAAGACUGCUAUCCACUGUACCAAGUUACCUGGCGAGAUCAUAAACCUCUCUGCGAUAAACUUGGUGUAACAGCGAGACAAAAUUAAUUCACAGAAUAAUCGGUUUCUGGCGACUUUAAAGGGCGGGACUUCUCUGCACCCUCCUAGUCUCUCGGUGUCUGUCUCAUGUUCCCGUGCUAUUUGUAUGUUUCUCUGAGCUCACCGGGGAGAAAAUAAAGAGACGCAGACAUUCGAAAUCUUCAAUUUGCGGUGUAUCAGUAUGAGCUCUUUUUUUUAGAAAUAAAGAACCUUCUAGUGUUUAGCUUCUUCUGAUGGAAAACUUGAGGUCAUCCAUUAUUUUACAGACCAAGUCGCAGUUGAGGGAGAGCGAACGACGUCGGCAGGCUGUAGAAGCUCAGCUGGCCGCUGAGGAAGCCGUUCAGAUGAUUGCCGGAGGAGAUCGAACUGAGAAGGCGCAGUCGAGAACCGCCCUCGGAGAUAUCAGCAACACCGUCGCGGCUGGCGAUGCUACUCUUAGGGUCGGCUACAGUAUACAAAAUUUCUUUCCGCGCUACGUUUCGAGACCUGCACGUUCUUGAGAUUUCGCUUUGAGACUUUUGAUCCAAUGGCGUACGGUAUUUUUUUCUGAAAAAUGGUCGUUAUUCGCGUUUUUUUGAACCUUGUGUAAUAUAAAUGCAUAACAAUACAGCACUGUUUAACACCGAAACCUUGUUUUCAACUGUAGAAUAUUCAUUUUCAGCCAGAAUCUCCCGACAUUAUCUGCCUGGACGACGAGCCGGAAAACAAGAGCAACUCGACCCGUCUUCUUGAACAAAAACUCGCCGAGGCUCUACAGAACCUUGAAGUUUUCGAAUUUAUAUUGUUUUAUUAUGCACUGGAGGCUUUAGAAUGAGCGAGCCGAGCACAAGAACAUGUACAGAGACUUCUUGACGGUCGUCCGCGUAGCUGAACGACGACGCGAAGAAGCUCAAACUGCCUUGGAUAGGUGGGGUCUGAUUUCAGAGGAGAAAAACCGGAGAAGUCCUUUUGAAAGAAGACUUUUAACAGUAGAUGUAGUUAUAAGUAUAAGAUUUUGAGGUGGUUGAAAUUUGUAUGAGUGAAAUUGACAAAGAGUUUUUUCUUAAGUUUUGAUUACUUUUUUAAUUAGAGAAAUAUUUUUUGGACUUGACUUGCAACUGAAAAAUGAAUUUUCAGAUGAAACUUUGAUGAAGUGUAUUUCAGGACCUUCUGAUUUCAAAACAAGAAACAUUUUUUUGCAGUAGGUCCUUCAAAGUUUGCGAAACUCGCAAUUAUGAAAAAACGAUGCUAUAGCUGAUUCACGGCUAGCUUGGGACGGAAAAAGGCGUGGCCUGUCUGCGCUCUCCACCAACCAGGCACUGUCUCUUUUCUUAUCGUGUCAGGAACUUUUUUCGAUGGCUCAAGCGAGACGUGAAUCAGCUAUACUUGAAGAUUUUGAAGCGUCUUGUGAAAAAUUAGAUUUUUUUUUCCGGAUUGUGGAGGUCCUAAGAUACCCCUCAAUAAAGUUUCACCAAAAUUUCCCCUAGUUACAGCUCAAUUUUUUCUCCUAUUUUUCAGCCUCCGCCUCUCCGAAGACAACGAUUGGUCGCAGUUGAUGUUGGAGCACCGUCAUGCUCUUCGACGAAAUGUCUUGCUCACCUGGGCUCAGGCUCGGUUAUCCCCAUCCUCCUCGUUCUGUGAAAAUAGUCAAUUUUCAGAAUCGACUCUUACGGCAUCAGAGUGUCCAACUUUAGCUCGGACUGGUCGGACGGCCGUGCCUUUUGCGCCCUUCUGCACAGCUUUUAUCCAGAAUUGGUGAGUUUUUCUUGGGGUCUUGGAAGUUGAGGUCUGAAGAAAGGAGGCUUUGGGUUUUUUUUUUGGGGGGUAGGGACCAGAAUAAGGUAAAUUUAGAGAGAAAGUAAAAAAAUCAAAGAAAGAUCUCUUUUAGGUUUGCAGGUUUUUUUCUAUCAUUUUUUUUCGAAGUAUUUUUUUACAACUUCCUCAAGCUUUAUUUUUUUAAGUUUGGGAAAGUGUGCUCUACCGGAACGAGUCAAAAAAUGGCUCGCGACAAAUUUUAGGGCCAUUUUAUUGAACUGAAGCCGCUAGUAAGGCUUUUUUUGAGAGAGGUCUUCCAAGUCUUGAAAAAAAUCAGUUUUUUUAGCCGUGAAUCAAGUAUUAUUUAUAACAUCAACAAUUUUUUUCCGUAUGUGUAGAUUCCACGUGUUAAAAAUAGCCUCAGUUUCUUGACUCGGAUUGAAAAUCUUCCAAAAAAGAACAAACAUCCUUCGAAGGCUUCUCUCGACGUCCCUGUUUCAGAUCGGCGACAACCCGACGGCCGGCGACUGUGCCAGCCGAGCCCGUGACGUCAUCGGCUCGAUGAGCAUCGAGACGUCGUCGCUGGAGCUCGGCGAGCCCCAUCCAAACUGGCGCCCUGUCAUGUCCGCCGUCUUCGAGGUCUACAAACGCGCCGUCCUUGCCAAAUGA